AAACACAUAAUUGUUUUCGUAUAAACCGCGCUAAAUUUAAAAUCCGCGAUUAAUCGAGCGCAGCAAUUCCCAUCACUAGGGAAAAUAAAAUACUACGAACUACAAGUGCAGCAGCGUUUGGAUUAUUAUUGAUAAUUUCAGAGGCACAUCAUGGAUAUUGAUGAUGACCAAAAUGUGCAGACGUGUAAGCGUCAAAAGCGCAACAACUCGAAGGAUGACAAUCGCAGCGGAGAUGAUAAUGAAGAGACAACAGCUGCUGCACCACCAACGGUCGCUGAAGUGAACCCAACAGUGGCUAAUCGGUGGCAUAUGCAAAAGGAAAAGUCGGUCGAGUCCAUAAAUAGCGACAACAAGAACAAUAAGAAUAAUAACAACAGCACCAAAAGCGACGCUGUUGAUAACUUGUCAGAGGGCCAGCAGGAAGAAGAAGAAGCAAAACAACAAGAGGCUGCGAGUUUGCCUAUGGCGACAACAACUGUUGACGCAGACGAAGCUACAGAUCCAAAUGUUGCGACAUCAAGUACAGCGUCAGGUGUUCAGUUUGAUGAACAAGCGAUAAAUGUACAAACAGAGCCUGUAGUGCGCGUAGAGGAUGAUAGCCAGUCUUCACAGUCGGAUGAUGUUGGCGAGUCGCCUGUUGUCUUUAACAGACACCGCAUACCGAGUACACGCUCCUAUCGUUCGCCAUUCUCUCCCAGCAUGCAGCGCCGUAUUAGCUCCCCUUUCCCCUUUAUAGAUCAUACGCUGAGCACUGAUGAGGACAGCGACUUUGAACCUAGGCAGAUAAUUCCGCUGGAAAGCAGCUCGGAUUCUAAUGAUUCGUUGCUGCUGGGUCAUAGCAAUGAUACGUCUUAUUCUGAUAACGGAGAUAACGAACCGACGGACAAUGUGGCCGAUAAGGAGCAGGUUGAGUCCGCUGUAAAUAAUGUGCUUUGCAAAAACAAGCCAGUCUACAGUUGGAACUUGACACAGCAGCUCAUACAGCGUGAGCAUAACAUCAGCAAUCGCAUCAAUUGGCGUGGCGGACACAGCGCGAGUUCCAGUUUUGGCCAGGGGUACUAUGCCAGUCGCCAAGCUGUGGAGCAGCUCACAAUGUUAAGCAAAUUGAGUCGCCAUCGCGGAUGUGUUAACUGUUUGAAUUUUAAUCGCGCUGGCGAUCUUGUCUGCUCCGGCUCAGAUGAUCUCAACAUUAUUGUCUGGGACUGGGCCAAUAAGAGGCCGCGUCAUAGCUUCAAGUCUGGUCACAGUUUAAACAUAUUUCAGAGUAAGUUUAUUGAUAGCAGCGGCUGCUUGGAUAUUGUGACCACCAGCCGUGAUGGUCAGGUGCGGCGUACUGUCAUACCGCCCUCUGGUAGCGAAUCCGUUCGCCACCAUCCCAUACGUUUGUACAGCCACAGCGAAGCUGUGCACAAGCUGGUGGUGGUGCCACAGAGCCGCAACGAGAUUAUGACCGCUGGAGAGGAUGCAGCUGUGAAACAUUUUGACCUGCGCAGCAACCAAUUCACUCUUAUGCUGCGCUGCUUGUCCGAUGGGCGACGCGUGCGUCUCUUUAGCGUUGCGCAUCAUCCGUUUGCGCAAGAGUUCUGCGUCAGCGGCUCCGAUGACAAGCUGCGUAUCUAUGACAAGCGCAAGCCCUCCCAUUUGGUACACGAAUUGGUGCCCAAGGAUAUACAAGAUAAGAGAAUUUCGCAAAUCACUUGUUGUGUCUACAACCACAGCGGCAGCGAGAUAUUGGCCACAUACAGUGAUGCAGGCAUUUAUCUUUUCGACAGUCGCAACUACCAGGUAGGCGAGUACCUUCACUCCUACGGAGGCCACGUUAACAGUCGCACCAUUAAGGGGGUUAACUUCUUUGGUCCACACUCGGAGUAUAUUAUUAGUGGCAGUGACUGUGGCAACAUCUUCUUCUGGGAUAAAAACACUGAGGCUGUGAUUAACUUAAUAAAGGGCGAUACGGGCGUUGUUAACUGCCUGGAGCAACAUCCCUCGAUGCCAGUGCUGGCCAGUUCUGGCUUGGAGCAUAAUGUUAAAAUCUGGACGCCUUGUGGCUCCGCUGAAGCCGCCGAGACUCGCGCGAAAGACUUGAAAGAAACGUUGCGUAAAAACUUUAGACGCAGCAUUUUGGAUGUGGGUGAGCUGGACAUUAGUCAGAUACACUAUUUUAUACGUCAGCUGAUUGAUCCACGUCCUAGUCGUCAUGCACGCGGCAUGGCGGCAUUUGAACGCAAUGCCGCAAUGUUUGACACCCUGAGCACCAGCAGCAGCAGCAGCACCAAUAGUAGCCCCAGCAACCACAGCAGUGGCAAUAGCAGCAACAACAGCCCUGCCGGCCCGGACCCAGCUGAGGGCAGAUUGGAUGAGGCCACCGCCGAGAUGCUAGGCUGUCGCCAGCAAUAGCACCGACAUUAAUAACCAGAUGAAUCCAAAGUCAAUUAAGCUGCGACUGGCAAGGUCGGAAAAGCUUAUAAUUGAUUACUUUAGUUAAUACUAUAUUUUAUUUGAUUGAAUACUUCGUUGCCUUGCGUGGCAAGCCCUGUGGGCUAGUAUUUGUUUUUUAGAGCAGGCGUUUCAAAAGCUGUGAAUAUACAAGUAAGCGCCUAAAUAUAUUCAAAUUUUGAACCAUGUUAAAUAAACACACAUAAACA